AGACCUUUGCCUUUAAUCCCAGUGUUGGUGGGUCAGAGGUAGAUGGAUCGGAGUAUCUACUUGGUUAUCUCAAAACCAAACGAAGUUUCUUGGAUAGAAGUGUUUUCCCCCAUUGCUUCUCAGCCUUUUGGCUAAGAUCAAGUGUAAAAGCGUUUUCCCUGUGGUCAGAUCUGCCUAGCACCGAUCAGUUUGAACCUACCGAUCUAGCUGCUACUACCUAUAGAGCUUGUUACUUGUAGAGCAACCCAUCCCUUGAUCAACUAAGGUAGUUACAAACAGCACCCUUUGGUGCUUUGACCCACACCAGGCUGGGGCAAGCCUUCCAAGGACCCAACUCGGCCUUGAGAUUGCCAGCAGACACAACAAGGGGUGGGGCCGCUGUGGGCAGGAGCAGAGCCAAGCAGAUACUCAGUCCUAGCUUGCCAAUAGGACCCUUCAUGCUCGCUUGCUUGCUCUGAACUUUAGUACUAUUCCACAUGGACCCCACGGUAGUGCUCAUUACCGGUUGCUCCUCUGGAAUCGGCAUGCACUUGGCUGUUCGCCUAGCUUCUGACCGUUCCCAGAGCUUCAAAGUUUAUGCCACAUUGCGGGACCUGAAGGCACAGGGACCAUUGUUGGAGGCCGCCAGGACUCAAGGAUGCCCUCCUGGCUCCUUGGAGAUACUGGAAUUGGAUGUCAGAGACUCCAAAUCUGUGGCUGCUGCCCAGGCAUGCGUGACUGAGGGUCGUGUGGAUGUACUGGGACUGCCAUUCCACGAAGUGUACUGUGCCAGCAAGUUUGCGCUCGAAGGUUUGUGCGAGAGUCUGGCGAUCCUGCUGCCGCUCUUUGGAGUCCAUGUGAGCCUCAUCGAGUGUGGGGCAGUGCACACAGCCUUCUAUGAAAAGCUGGUGGGCGGCCCCGGCGGGGCUCUGGAACGAGCAGAUGCCCAGACCCGCCACCUCUUUGCGCACUACCUGCGUGGUUAUGAGCAAGCCCUGAGCGAGGCGCAGGACCCAGAGGAGGUGACGGAGCUCUUCUUGACUGCAAUGCGAGCCCCGCAGCCCGCGCUGCGCUACUUCUCCACGAACCGCUUCCUACCCCUGGCCCGAAUGCGCACAGAGGAUCCCAGUGGCAGCAGCUAUGUCGCGGCCAUGCACCAAGAAGCCUUCUCUAAUCUGCAGACCCAGGAGAAUGCCAAGGCUGGGGCCCAAGUCCCGGGGGUCUCGGACACGGCCUCCAGCGCCCUCAUUUGCCUCCCUGAAUGUGCAAUCCCUAGGGUGGCAUCUGAAUUGGGGUGGUCUGCAUCGGAUAAACCGGGUCAGGACAAUUCAUGUUACCAGCAAAAGAUCUAAGCCAGCAUCUCUUUUUUCUUAUUUUAGAAUGAGUUUUGUUUUAAGACAGGGUUUCACUAUGUAGCCCUGUGUUGCCAGUAACUCAUAAAGACCCACCUGCCUCUGCCUCCUGCGUGCUGGGACCUUAGAUGUGUGCAACCACACACUUCUCAGAAUCAUUUGAAAUAGUGCCAGCAUCUUCAUGGGUCAAGAUAAGAGGGCUGAUAUCCAAGGUGCUAGGCUAAGGGUUUUUUUUUUCCUUCCAAUAAAUUUAUUUAUUAUUAUUAUCAUGUAUCAUGUGGAGGGGGACACAUUCCAUCGUCGCAGUCACACAGAGUACGGAGAUCAGGUGACAAGUUUGUACUCUCUCCCACUACAAGGUUCAAUGAUUGAACUCAGGUCUUCUGGAUUGAACUGUAAGAGCUUCUAACCCAUAAGCCAGCAAGUUGGGACAGGCUUUAACAACCACCACCGAUUUUUGUUGAAUAGCGUUGAAUAGCUGGCCUUGAAACUGCUAUGUUACUAAGGAUGACUGAAAUGUCUAAUUCUCUGUCCUCUCCUUGUGAAACUAGGGCCAGGCUUGUGGUCCCCACCACUAACACAUAAUCAUGUGUUCCCAUGUAUAUGGGCAGGUGUGUGUGUGUGUGUGUGUGUGUGUGCAUGUGUGGAGAUCCACAGUUAAAGUCAGGAAUCUUGAGUUGCUCCUUAUUUGUUGACCCGGAGUCUCACUGGACUUGGAGCCUAUGAUUCCAGCUUGUCUAGUCUAACACCUUGGCCCCAGGAUCCUAGGUCCCUGUCUGCCUAGUGCUGGCAUUACAAGAGGACACGAAGGGAAGACCUGGGUUCUGGAUAUCUGAAUGGGGUUCUCUGGGCUUUAUCCAUGUGCACCUGAAUCCUUUCUCUUUUUCAUCUGUAUACCCUUCUGAUCUCAUGACCUCCUUAAAAGCUUCAUUGA